AUGCAGGUAUCAGAUCGAGAGGGAAGUGGGCCGGAGGUGAGCCCCAGCGUGAUGCCCGAGGCUCCCCCAGAGCCUCCGCCUGUCCCUACCAAGCCCCCAGCAUUUGAUCUUUUCAACCUGGUUCUGUCCUACAAGAGACUGGAGAUCUACUUGGAACCCCUGAAGGAUGCAGGUGAUGGCGUCCGAUACUUGCUCAGGUGGCAGACACCCUUGUGUUCCCUGCUGACCUGCCUGGGCCUCAACGUCUUGUUGCUCACCUUGAAUGAAGGUGCAUGGUACUCAGUGGGUGUCCUGCUGAUUUCUGUGCCUGCCUUGCUGGGCUACCUUCAGGAAGUGUGCCGGGCCCACCUGCCCGAGUCCGAGCUGAUGCGGAGGAAAUACCACAGCGUGAGGCAGGAAGACCUGCAGAGGGUGCGCCUGUCUCGCCCGGAGGCUGUGGCCGAGGUGAAGAGCUUCUUGAUUCAGCUGGAGGCCUUCCUGAGCCGCCUGUGCUGCACCUGUGAAUCUGCCUACCGCGUGCUGCACUGGGAGAACCCGGUCGUGUCCUCACAGUUCUAUGGGGCUCUUCUGGGCACAGUUUUCAUGCUGUACCUGCUGCCGCUGUGCUGGGUCCUUGCUCUCUUAAACAGCACCCUCUUUCUGGGGAAUGUGGAGUUCUUCCGAGUGGUAUGUGAGUACAGGGCCUCUCUGCAGCGACGGAUGAACCCUAAGGAGGAAGAAAACACCGUUGAGAGUCCGCCGGUGGAUGCUGUGGGGAGGGUCCCUCUGCAGGACAGCACGCCUGCCACUACCCCCACAGAGAGUUUCUCUUCCCAGGACCUCACACCGGGCAGCGUGGAGGAGGCCGAAGAGGCUGAGCCAGAUGAGGAGUUUAAAGAUGCGAUUGAGGAGACCCACUUGGUGGUUCUGGAGGAUGACGAGGGCACCCCAUGCCCGGCAGAGGACGAGCUGGCCCUGCAGGACAACGGGUUCCUGAGCAAAAACGAGGUGCUGCGCAGCAAGGUGUCACGGCUCACGGAGCGGCUCCGCAAGCGUUACCCCACCAACAAUUUCGGAAGCUGCACCGGCUGCUCUGCCACCUUCUCAGUGCUCAAGAAGAGGCGGAGCUGCAGCAACUGUGGAAACAGCUUUUGCUCUCGGUGCUGCUCCUUCAAGGUGCCGAAGUCCUUUAUGGGGGCCACCGCUCCAGAAGCCCAGAGAGAGACUGUGUUUGUGUGUGCUUCAUGCAACCAGACCUUGAGCAAGUGA